CGUGUAAAACAUUCAUAUUGUCCGCAACACAUGUUGAAUAUACUGUACAGUAAAUUCGACGCAUCUCAUCCUAACUAUUAGAUAGUACGUACUACUUAAUUGGCUGUAGUGGCGUAGUUUGGUCCUCCAUAACUUUUGCGACGCGUAUGCUGCUGCCACACAGUAUCGGACUGUGGAUAUUCCUACAUUCGUAGCGCCGAACUGGACAAGGCGGGAAAAACUGUAACCACUUCAGCAGCAUUAUCGGAGUGUGCAGCAUGUCUCUCUAUAAGGCCUUGAUAACGUUCUUGUUGUGGAUGCAUUGUAACGUGACCUUUUGUACCGCAUGCCAGUAUGCCAAUGGCGAAAUGGUCUGUUAUGUUAACUACGAUGGGAAUAGGACCACAGAGCGCUGGGAAUCCAUAAUCGAAUUCUCCGAGCUGGGAUGGAGUGGCCCCUCCGCAUCCGGCCGGCCAGAUGUGUAUCACUGGUUUGCAAAUGCAAGUCUUGCCAAUGUGACCUCCUUGCGCAUCAUCAACAAUAUCACGGACGCCCAGCGUCACCGCGAUUACCUUAUGUUGUUGCCGCAUGAAGCUUUCGAUGGACUGACCAAUCUGCGGGAGCUGCAUAUCGCUGAUUUUGGAGAAUUAGGAUUACAGCAGCGCACGCUCCUCCCCAUUGCUAACAGCCUGCUCCUGUUAAAUCUUACACGCGUUUACAAUAUUGAACGGAUGAUGCAUCGCAUUCCUACGUUUCGUUUGCUCCCAAAACUGCAAGAAGCAUACCUUCACAGAAAUAACCUGACGGGUAUGAAUUAUACGCAGUGGGCGGAAAUGAGUCCACAACUGAAAAAGCUGUCCUUACGUCAUAACCGCAUUUGUCAGCAUUUCGUGAGCGAGUUACUGGAGCACGUGGAGAUUCUUGACUUGCACGACAACCGUUGCAACGCGACAGCCAUCCCCUUUCAUUUCUGGAAAUUUUUUCCCAAGCUUCAAUACCUUGACAUGUCGGGGAACAAUCUAACAAAGUGGAAUUUGUGGACAGACUUUUGGAAUCUUUUGAUUGGUGACACCAGUUACGACAUGCCAUUUCGCAACAUCCAUACUAUUAUUUGGGCCGAUUGCAAUAUUUCACGCUUACGGCCCUACCACUUCUCCAUGUUCACUAAUUUAAAGCACUUGGAUUUAUCCCGAAACCGAUUUCUGAACAUCUCCAACCAUGCGUUUGCUUUUGUAGAACACUUGCAUACACUUAAUUUAUCCGGCAACAGUCAAAUGGACUUUCUCGGUGCGGACGUGUUUGCCAACCUGACGGUGCGAAAUCUGGACAUGUCGCUCUCGGUGCCGGCGACCAUUCCAUCGUUGUGGACGCGCAAUGUCAUCGCGCGUCUCCAACCCGGAGUGGUUUCCCUUAACCUCAGUGGGCAGGUCAUCCCUGAUGGAAAGGUCAUUGAACUACACAAAUUUCCGCAGUUGGAAGUCGCCAAUCUCUCUCGAAUGAAUUUGAAAUCCGAAUCGCUGAAGAUCUUCUCCAGCAGCCUGAACGUUUCCAGAAAACUUAAGAUUGUGGACCUUUCCAACAAUGACCUGACGGUCUUCCCCAACGACACCGGUGCAGCAUUUCAACGGUCGUUGGGCAUGAAAACGCUGGAGAAACUGCUGCUGCAUAACAAUCCACGUUUACAAUGUCGGUCGUGUGGCAAUGCGUUUUUGGUGAAGUGGGUGAGCAACGGCAGCGAUAUUCACCAAGCGGCUAAGAAUGUUCUCUGCCAGCCGACAACCGAAAGGUCAGAAUGCCCUGUGUGCACGGAUGACAAGCAGUUGAUCAAACCAAUUGACCAGGUCAGUGCGGUGACGGUUUCGCACUGCGGACGUGUCACCACAGAUACCACCAUCACAAACACCACCGCCGAUACCACAACCGGUAAAGUCACUGGCACCACCGCCACCGGUAUCACCAUUAGUAAUACUACCGGUACCACACCCGGUACCAUCUCUGGUGCCACUAGCGGUGCCACUACUAUUACUACCACUGGUAUUACUACAAACAAGCCAAACUACCGCUCUCCGCCGCCACUGACGACAACAAAUCGCGGCUCCUUUGGGUUGAGGACUUGUGAAUUAUGCUAAUAUCUCUCAUAUGACUUUCAUAAUCCGUACUUGCUGCAACAAUGACACAAAAGGUCUGUAAAUUGCGACUGUGUUACAAUUUUAUGGAUGGACUUCGAUAACUGACUUGCAACAUAUCCCAAGUUCCCUAAUGCUUUUAGGCAACGUUUUAAAAAAAUUUAUUUAUUCUAUAUGGUUACCAACUGCAGUUUUUAGGUACGCGCAGAAUUUUCAUGAUUAUUCGCUCUGCUCAUGUG